CUAGGACAGGUGUAACAGAGAGAAGAGCAACGUGGCACUGUGUCGGUUGGCAGUGUGACUCUGCGGACUCGAGUGUAGUGCCCCUCAGACCCCCGUCGACGCGUGAAGAGAAAAUCCAAGAUGGCGAACCUAGCGACAACCGCUGCGAUGCUGUUAGCGGCUUCUGCUAUCGUCUUCCUAGCAGUGAGCAACAAACGAGUGAAUGAGGCAGCUUUAGCGAAGAAAGUGGAGGUGGAGAGAGCUGUUGGAGACAAAGACCAAGAGAUUAAGAACUGCCAGACAACCGCUAGUGAGAAGUCCAACCAGAUCUCGUCCCUGAAGACGAAGGUGGAUGGCGUCAAGCAACAAGUGAAACAAGUUCAAACCCAGAUUGACCCUAUCGCCGGAGUCAGUGACAAGGAUGUCGAGGUCCUGUCAAAAGAACUCGCUGAACUGCAGAAGAAGUUUGAUGAAGUUAAUGCCGAAAUUGCCAGCUUGGGAAGUGCCACGACGAUUGGCACUACGGUGUAAAUUAAACUCCUGUCGAAGUUUGUGUAAGGAAGAAAGGAAAA